AUGGAUGCUGCUGCGGCUCCUCUUUUAGUGGCAGCGAGAGCAACCUCGAUUCUCGUUGCUGCCGCUUCCCAGUCGUCGCAUUCCGAUCCAACGCGAUCGCCUUCGAACGACCACAUGCUAUACUACCAUGGCGCAACACCCGCGAGCUCGGGAGGCUCGGAUGGCAACGAUAAUGGAGAGUGUAAACUCCUCGGUCCAUUUUCGCUUCUGGUUCAACUAGCUCUUGGAGCACUAGCGCUCUUAUCACUCGUGUAUAAGCGAUGGCGAGAGCGGCCACAGCGGCCGCUGAAGGUGUGGGCAUUUGAUGUCUCGAAGCAGGUCUUUGGCUCAGCCAUGCUGCAUCUUCUCAAUCUUGUCAUGUCCAUGUUCUCGGCUGGUCAGCUUGAAAUCAGGCCGCAGUACAAGCCCAACCCUUGCUCCUUUUACUUGCUGAAUCUGGGAAUCGACACUACUCUCGGUAUCCCGAUUCUUAUCCUCGUCCUACGGUUCCUCAACUUCCUCGCCGCAUAUACCCCUCUCGCCAACCCUCCGGAAUCAAUCGAGUCCGGAAACUAUGGCCAGCCACCACGGGCAUUUUGGUGGUUUAAGCAAUCUAUCAUCUACUUCGUCGGACUUAUCAGCAUGAAAAUUUGCGUCUUCUUCCUGAUUCAGCUGCUGCCCUUCAUCGUGAAGCUUGGUGACUGGGCUCUACAAUGGACGGAAGGAAACACCGCCAUCCAGAUUGCCUUCGUCAUGCUUCUCUUCCCGGUAAUCAUGAAUGCCAUUCAGUACUACAUCAUCGACAUUUUCAUCAAGAAGCCUCUUUCCUACAAUAAUUACACAUCAGAUGAUACCACCGAUGACUCGACGACCGAUAGCGAGCGACGUGAGGCCCUUCUUGACGGCAUUGACGAGAACUAUUCCGACACGGACGUUGAGGAUACCCCAUCAAGGAAGUCAUCUAUUGCAAAGUCACAGCCGAGGGACACAACAAUAUCUGUCCAGGAGUCCGAGGGCCAUCUCUUGGAGGAGGAUCAAUCUCCAGUUCCACCAUAUGAGCCUCCCAGCUCGGGCAGUAGUCACAAGGAUCAUGGAAAUGACUCGGAUGCUACCCCGCGACCUCAACACUGA